UGAGGGCCGGGCCCGCUCGGUUGUCACAGCGACGGCGGCGCCGCGGCCAUGUCGGAUCUGGGCUCCGAGGACGCCGACGAGGCCGUGGAAGGCAUCGGGGAGUACGAAGGCGAUCGCGAUGACGAAGGGCAGCGGCACGGCUUUGGCAAGGCGCGGCUGCCCAAUGGUGACACCUACGAAGGGGAAUACGAGCAUGGUUUGAGGAGUGGACAGGGGACCUACAGGUUUAAAAACGGUGCUUUCUAUACCGGGAACUACCUUCAAAACAAAAAGCAUGGCAAAGGUGUCUUUUUUUAUCCAGAUGGAUCAAAAUAUGAAGGAGACUGGGUGGAUGACCAGAGACAGGGCUAUGGAGAAUAUCUGUAUGCAAAUGGAGACACCUAUACUGGAGAAUGGGCUAACAACAAGAGGCAUGGGCAAGGCACAUAUGUCUAUAAAGACACAGGAUCUAAGUAUGUUGGUUGUUGGGUAAAUGGAAUCCAGGAUGGACCAGCUGAACUUGUCCACCUAAACCACAGAUUUAAGGGCAGGUUUCUCAAUGGAAAGCCUUUAGGUCGUGGCAAAUUCAUCUUUGAUAUUGGAUGUGAGCAGCAUGGUGAAUACAUACAACCAGUGGAGGAAAAAGAUGAGGAUGAAGAAGAUGAACCCCCAUUACCUCUUGAACCAAUAUGGAAAGCAUCUGAAAUUACCAAAUUGACACCCUGGUCUCCCCAUGAUGAGGAAUUACUAAUCCCCAGAGAAGCAGCAGGUACAGUAGCUGAAGAGGAGAAAAUUCCAUCAGUUAUAGUCACUGAGGAGGGUGAAGAUCACCCAGCAAGCGAUGCAGGAGAGGAAGGUGAGGAAAGGAGAGAGGAAGGUGAGGGAAGGGGAGAGGAAGAAAUAAAUCAAGAUCAGGAGGAUCAAGAAAUUAUUGAUUUCGGAGGAUGAACCAGAGGAAACAGAGGAGUUUGGUAUAACUAAAGGAAAAGACCCAAAAAAUGCAAUUUCAAAGUAGAUGAUUUAGUGUGAUAAGCCUGCAAUAUUUUUAUUUGUAAAAGGGUGUGUUAAGGUGCUUUGAAUAAACAUUUCUGUCAGUGUUCUGUU